AUGGAUGAAAAACUUGACGCUAGCUUGGAUGAAGUUAUUAAUAAUGAUGAUAAUUAUGAUAAAAAACCUGACCACGAUAUUAACUUGAAUGAUGACGAUUAUGUCGAAGUUGAUGAGGAUUUUAUUAAAAAACAUAUCAAUUAUGAAUAUGUACUUAGGGAAUUAGACCGCAUGUUAAUUCCUAUGGACUAUCAUAUAGAAAAUGAGCAAGCAAAAAACGAUUUAAAAGAAAAAAUCGAUAAUCAUAAGAAACUUAACUUUUUUCAAAAAGAUUUUUUGAAGUCUUCUGUUGAUGAAAUGUAUGAUAAACAAAUGGCUUCCCACACAAUUUAUGAUAAUGAAUAUGGUUUCACCAAAAAUAUCGACAAGAGAGAAUGUGAAAAUUGUAAUGAAGUGCAUUUAGCAUUACAAUUUUGUGAACAUUGUAUUCGAAAGUAUCUGAAAGAUAAUUUCCCCAAUUGGACAUCCGGAAAUAAAUACAUUGACGGAUGGAUUCAAGAGCUUCAACAAAACGCAACAGAACCAGGAUCAAUUCUUGAAUGGAUAGACUAUGAUAAUUUUAUUGAUGUCGAAGAGAUGACCGAUUGUAAGGGAGGAUGUGCAACAAUUUAUUCAGCAAUGUGGAAAGAUGGAAUUUUUGAAAGAUGGGAUCGUUUGAAUAAAAGGCUUGUAAGAUCUGAACCUGUAAAGGUGAUUCUUAAAUCCCCAAAUAAUGCAGAUGAAAGAUGGUUACGCGAGAGUUUUAUGCUUGUUUUGCUUCGUAUGAAAUGGAAUCUAAGAAAUUUUUUAGACUCAGAAGAAUUUUUAGGACAAUCUGAAGAUAAAAAAUUGAUUCAAAAGAUUAAAAUUCUGUACGAAAUUGCAUCUAGCAUUCAACAAAUUCAUGACUUGACAAUGUUUCAUGGAGAUUUGCAUCCAGGAAAUAUACUUCAAGGCGACCUCACUGAUGGAUGGUUCAUUAGAGAAAAUGAAAAACUCAGACCAAUCGAAUUUAACGAAGACACUUCAAAUUGGUGCUUAGCAUUAAUGAAUAAAUGCUGGGAUGAAAAUCCGGACAAAAGACCUGACGCAACCUCCAUUAGGGAAGAAAUUUUGAGCCAUUUGGAAUUAAUAUAUCAAAAUGAAACGACCGAGAAUCUUAUAUUACAAAUAAAGAAUAUGAGUUUGAAUUUGCACAAUAAAUCAAGUGAAGUGCCUACUAUUGCACAUGAAAAUGAUGCUAAAG